CUUGCUUGUUCAACAAUUUCAAACGUUGUUGAUCAGAGCGGGUCGCAUUUCCACUUUCUGCUCCUUGACAGAAGUUUGGCGCCCACAGGGAGUUUACGGGUUGGGGCUCAGUCAGGCAUCGUUCGCACAUCUGCAUCUGCAUCAUGGCUUCCGAAGACAAGGCGGAUGGAGCAUCUACAGCGCCGACGGCAGAUGGCAAUGAAGGCGAGACUUUGAGCAAGAGUGAGUUGAAGAGGCGGGCCAAGGCGGAGCGUGUUGCCAAGGAGAAGGCGGAGAAGGAGGCAGCCAAGGCUGCAGCGGCCGCUGCUGCGCCAAAGGCUGCUAACAAGGUGGAGGAGGAGGAGGAAGUGGACCCACGGUUGUACCGUGAGAAUCGGUUGCGGGUGCUGGCUGCUGAGAAGGAGGCUGGGCGCAAUCCGUACCCGCACAAGUUCCAGGUGGACCUGCGCAUUCCUGACUAUGUCGACAAGUACAAGGGGCUGGCCGAUGCACAGCAGAUCAAUGAAAAGCUCGUCUCAGUCGCAGGGCGCAUCAUGUCGAAGCGGUCUUCUUCGGGCAAGCUCCUGUUUUACGACCUCCAUGGGGAGGGGGCCAAGAUCCAGAUUAUGGCGGGCGCUCAGAAUGCCCAGGACCUCAAGGGGGCGGCCCUCGACUUGGACGCAUUCGCACGUCUGCACACCAGCAUCAAGAGGGGGGACAUUGUGGGAGUGGCGGGAUACCCAGGGAAGAGCAAGACGGGGGAGCUGAGCAUCUUUGCGGUCCAGAUCCAGGUGCUGUCGCCCUGCCUGCACAUGAUGCCCUCAGCGUUCACGGGGCUCAGAGACCAGGAGACGCGAUACCGGCAGCGGUACUUGGACCUGAUCAUGAACGGUGACGUGCGCAACAUCUUUGUCACGCGCAGCCGGGUCGUGCAGUACAUGCGCCGCUUCUUCGACCAAAUGGGCUUCCUUGAGGUGGAGACGCCGAUGAUGAACAUGAUUGCCGGGGGAGCGACGGCCAAGCCGUUCAUCACCCACCACAACGACCUCGACCUCGAUCUAUUCAUGCGCGUGGCGCCCGAGCUGUACCUCAAGGAGCUGGUGGUGGGUGGGCUGGACCGUGUGUACGAGAUUGGGCGGCAGUUCCGCAACGAGGGCAUCGACCUGACGCACAACCCUGAGUUCACCACCUGCGAGUUCUACUGGGCCUACGCCGACUACAACGACGUCAUGAAGCUCACCGAGGACCUCGUCUCAGGCAUGGUGAUGGCCAUCCACGGGUCGUACAAGAUCAAGUACCACCCCAACGGGAAGGAGGGCAAGGAGGGCCAGCCCGCGGAGGAGAUCGAGAUCGACUUCACGCCGCCCUUCAAGCGCAUCCCCAUGAUCGCUGGCCUGGAAGAGCUCAGCGGCAUCAGCAUACCCAAAGACCUCACGGCCCCCGAGACGCAAGCGUUCCUGCUGAAGGAGUGCACGCGCCUCGGCAUCGGCUGUCCCCCGCCUCAGACCACGUCACGCCUCCUGGAUAAGCUGGUGGGCCACUUCAUCGAGGAGACGUGCGUGAACCCGACCUUCAUCACGGACCACCCGCAAAUCAUGAGCCCCCUCGCCAAGUGGCAUCGCGCCGCGGCGGGGCUGACGGAGCGGUUCGAGCUGUUUGUGAACAAGCACGAGAUCGCGAACGCGUACACGGAGCUGAAUGACCCGGUGGUGCAGCGCGAGCGCUUUGCGGAGCAGGCCAAGGACAAGCACGCGGGCGACGACGAGGCGCAGGUGCUGGACGAGGGCUUCUGCACCUCGCUCGAGUACGGGCUGCCGCCCACGGGGGGCUGGGGAAUGGGCAUCGACCGCGUCGUCAUGCUGCUCACCGACUCCAACAACAUCAAGGAGGUGCUCCUCUUCCCUGCGAUGAAGCCCGAGGACCAUGUCGCACCAUCAGCACCACGGGUGGACACCCCGGCGCAAUCCUCAGCAUGAUCCAACCGGUAAAUCGGAAGGAGCUCUGUCACGGAUCUGCAAGCACUGAUGUGCUUUGCCCGCCAAGAACAAGAUUGUUAUGUUCCAGACAGGCCGUGUUGCCAUAGUUCUUCUCAUCCAACACUGCUACUGAUCAGCAGUGCCGGAUCAACGUCAAGUCCGGUCGUUAAUUUCUUGUGGAUCAUGCUUCGGCCCACUUUGAUUGCAUUCUUUCUAAGUUUCUUGACGUCAGAUGUGCAACGAACCUAUCUGAUAGAGCGACUUGAUUGAUGGCGUGCAAUCGCCUGAGUGAUAACUCAUGACAGGCUGGUGCCAGCCAGAUCUUGGAAAUUUCAAGUCGCAGGACAAUCACGUCGGACUAGCAGGACAAUCACGACUGAAGUGCCGUUGCCCCUUGUGAUCCGGCCCAAUGGCACUACAGCGCUCCCUCAUGCAUGCGAGUCAGCAACUAUCAGUAAGUUUCGAGUCG